UUGAAAAACUGCUGCAUUCCUCUUCCUCUUCCUCCUUUAGAAAAUUGACUUCUUUAAAGAGGUAAGAGAGAAGCAAAAGUAGUAAGAAAAUGCUGGGAUCAGAACGAGGUGUCGUGGAAGAAUGGCUGUCAGAAUUCAAGGCAUUACCUGAAACACAAAUUUCUAGCUAUGCAGCUACAUUGCACCGAAAAAAACCACUGGUACCAGCUCUUUAUAAGGUCAUUCAAGACCCAAAUAAUGAGCUCCUGGAGCCUGUUUGCCACCAGCUGUUUGAACUUUAUCGUAGUUCUGAAGUUCGGCUCAAGAGAUUCACACUGCAAUUUUUGCCAGAGUUGAUCUGGGUAUAUCUGCGUCUUACUGCCAGCAGGGAUAGGCAGAGUAAUGGUUGCAUUGAAGCAUUGCUGCUUGGCAUUUACAACUUGGAAAUUGCUGACAAAGAUGGAAACAACAAAGUUUUAUCUUUCACCAUCCCUUCGUUGUCUAAACCCUCAAUAUAUCAUGAGCCCUCUACUAUUGGAUCCAUGGCUUUAACUGAAGGAGCUCUAUGUCAGCAUGAUCUCAUCAGGGUUGUUUACAGUGAUCUUCAUCCUCAAAGAGAAACCUUCACAGCGCAGAACCGGUUUGAGGUGCUGAGCUUUCUUAUGCUGUGCUACAAUUCUGCUAUUGUCUAUAUGCCUGCCUCUUCUUACCAAUCACUUUGUAGGAUGGGUUCCAGGCUGUGUGUGAGUGGAUUUCCACGGCAGCAUGAGAAACGCUGGAAAGAACACUGUGGUAGAGUGGUGUUAGACCCUGACUUCAUGGUGCAGCUGCUCACAGGUGUCUAUUACGCCAUAUAUAAUGGUCAGUGGGAUCUUGGCCAGGAGGUAUUGGAGGACAUAAUUUACAGAGCACAGCUUGAACUCUACUCACAGCCUCUGCUGGUUGCAAAUGCCAUGAAGAACUCACUGCCCUUUGAUGCUCCUGAUGCAUCGCAAGAAGGCCAGAAGGUACUGAAAGUAGAAGUUACUCCGACAGUGCCGAGGAUUUCUCGGACUGCUAUUACAACAGCUUCUAUCCGUCGUCAUCGCUGGAGGAGAGAAGAUGGCUUUGACUUCUCAAACGAGGCUGACUCAAGCAUACCUGGCUCACCGAUCCAACACGGCUCCACAGACCUAGGGAUCAAACGUGAGCAAGAGGGGGAGGUGCUGAUGCGCAAGACCCCUGAGCAUGGCUUCCCGGAGCCCACCUUGGCAGCAGCCACAACAGAGGAUGCUGAAGGUGUAAAUGGAAGAGAGGACUCUGUGAACCUUAAUGAUGCUGAUGAAGGAUUUUCAUCAGGAGCUUCCCUCAGCAGCCAGCCAGUUGGGACCAAACCUCUAUCAUCCCAGAAGGGCAGCUUAAGGAAAACAGCAAGUGGGCGUUCUGCUAAGGAUAAAGAAACCUCUUCUGCAGCAAAAUCCAAUGAGAGCCCUCGAGAUUCAGUAGCUUGGAAGCAGUACAUGCACCAAUCUACUGACCUUGGUGCAGAUAUAAUUGAGAUGACACCUACUAAGAAACACCUCAGCCUGCCUGCUGGGCAGGUGGUGCCAAAAGCCAACAGUUUGAGCCUGAUCAGGACCGCCAGUGCUUCCUCCAGUAAAUCAUUUGACUAUGUGAAUGGCAGUCAAGCAGGCUGCAGUGUUGGAGCUGGUACAGAGGGUGUUACCAAUCUAGCAGCUGGCAACACCAAUCGGUUUUCAACUAUCAGCCUACAGGAGGAUCGACUAGGCCAAGCUGGGGAAGGUAAAGACCUCCUUCCCCCAGGAGCUCCCCUAACCAAGCAGUCUCGAUCUCCAAGUUUCAAUAUGCAGCUGAUAUCCCAGGUGUAAC